AUGAGGAAGCCAUGGAAGCUUGUGCUGUGUGCCUGGCUACAGGGAGGCGUGGAAAGGCAGCGGCAGCUGGGAGCCAGGACUGAGAAGAUCAAACUCCGCUGGCCAGGAGCAAGGAGCAGGAUGACCCCGUCUCCUGGCUGCGCCUUGGACCUACGCUGUAGCCUUGCCUCCAGUCCUGUCCCUGAGCUGCUCGCCCUGGACCCGAUUCAUCGCUUGGCCUCGUCCAGGACCAGAGGUCACGGUAAAAAUCACAAAGAUGCUGCCUCGGUCAGGGCUACGCACCCUAUACCCGCAGCCUGUGGCAUUUAUUACUUUGAAGUGAAGAUCGUCAGUAAAGGUAGAGAUGGGUACAUGGGAAUAGGACUUUCUGCUCAAGGGGUCAACAUGAACAGGCUUCCUGGAUGGGAUAAACAUUCUUAUGGGUACCAUGGUGACGAUGGGCACUCCUUCUGUUCUUCGGGGACAGGACAGCCCUAUGGCCCUACAUUCACCACUGGAGAUGUGAUCGGCUGCUGUGUUAACCUUAUCAACAAUACCUGCUUUUACACGAAAAAUGGCCACAGUUUAGGUAUAGCCUUUACAGACCUCCCUUCAAAUCUCUACCCUACAGUGGGUCUCCAGACUCCAGGAGAGAUAGUCGAUGCCAACUUUGGGCAGCAGCCGUUUGUGUUCGACAUUGAGGACUACAUGAGGGAGUGGCGAGCGAAGAUUCAGAGCACCAUUAAGCGGUUUCCCAUAGGAGACAGACUAGGCGAGUGGCAAGCCAUGCUGCAGAAUAUGGUUUCGUCGUAUUUGGUUCAUCAUGGGUACUGUUCAACAGCAACUGCCUUUGCCAGAGUCACAGACACCACAAUCCAGGAAGAACAGACCUCAAUAAAGAAUAGACAAAGAAUACAGAAGCUAGUAUUAGCAGGCAGAGUGGGAGAGGCUAUAGAAGCCACCCAGCAGCUCUAUCCUGGCCUCCUAGAACAUAACCCCAACCUGCUCUUCAUGUUAAAGUGUCGGCAGUUUGUGGAGAUGGUGAAUGGGACAGACAGUGAAGUACGUUGUUUCAGUGCCCGCAGCCCCAGAUCCCAGGACAGUUACCCCGGGUCCCCCAGCUUAAGUCCUAGGCAUGGAUCAAGCAACUCACACGUUCAUAGUACUGGAGCAGAUAGUCCAACCUGUAGCAAUGGAGUCAUGUCCACAAAAAGCAAACAGAGUCACAGUAAAUACCCGACACUGAGUUCAUCAUCUUCAUCUUCCUCCUCCUCCUCCCCCUCAUCUGUGAACUACUCUGAGUCCAAUUCUACAGAUUCUACCAAAUCUCAGCAGCACAGUAGUACGAGUAACCAAGAAACCAGUGACAGCGAGAUGGAAAUGGAGGCUGAGCAUUACCCCAAUGGAGUCCUGGAAAAUUCAUCCACCAGGAUAAUGAAUGGCACCUACAAACACGAAGAGAUCCUGCAGACGGAUGAAUCCAGCAUGGAAGACAGCUGUCCCCAGAGGCAGCUCUGUGGAGGGAACCAUGCUGCCACGGAGCGAAUGAUCCAGUUUGGACGGGAGCUGCAGAUGCUGAGUGAGCAGCUUUGCAGAGAAUAUGGGAAGAACACAAUGCACAAAAAGAUGCUUCAGGAUGCAUUUAGCUUGUUAGCUUACUCAGACCCUUGGAACUGCCCCGUUGGUCAACAGCUGGACCCAAUCCAGAGGGAACCUGUGUGUGCUGCUCUUAAUAGUGCUAUAUUGGAAUCUCAGAACCUGCCAAAGCAGCCCCCGCUGAUGCUUGCCCUGGGCCAGGCCUCGGAGUGUUUGCGGCUCAUGGCUCGCGUGGGCUUGGGCUCCUGCUCCUUUGCCAGAGUAGACGACUAUUUGCACUAGCCACCAGAGCAAGAUGGAGUUGACAUCGUUGAGUGCUGCCCUUCACCCUCCGUUGCUGCCACUCUACACCACCACCUCGUUCGAUAGCCUGACCUCCCUGCCACCAACACCCCCUCUAGCACACACACACACACACACUGCCUGUGAAAGGAUUGAGUGAGUCCCACUGUGUGGCUAUUCCUGACCCCAGGAACGACUGGCAGAUCUUACGUGUCUCUCUGCCGUUGCUGCGGCUCCAGCGGCACUCAGUAUUUCGCUGGUUAUUCUAAUGUAGCGCCUUCCGAUGUAGGGAUUUCUCUUUAUUUUGAUUUGAGUUGUUUCUCAUGGAUCCACCAGUAUUUUAUCUGGAGAGUUUUACUGAGCUGGUUUCUGCUGAUUUACUGAGGAAGCUCAUCAAGUUGGUGACAGCUUGUUCUUUUCUUCCCUUCUCCCUCCAUCGUGCACAUACAUCUUCUGUGCUAGUUAUCUGAACUCUUCUCGCAGUGGCAGUUCAGAGGGAUUUUUUUUUUUUAUUUUAUUUGAAUCCUGUUUAUUAAAAAGGUCUCUUCCACCUCCACAAAGUCAUUGAUGUAUUUAUUGCCCACAGGCUCGGUCCCAGCCAUACACAUCA